AUGCAGGUCCAGUCAUCGGCCGAAGUUGGAUGCAUUGAAGUGCAAGUGCUGCGGUCGCAUUUAAUCUUUGUGCUCUCGCACGUGCCAGCCUGCUUGUAUGAUUUCACAUCGAGGAUCCUUCCCUCUCCGCCAAAGGGUCAGAAGGAGUCUGGCCAGGACGAGGAUGGCAUGGCUCCGUUCUUUGGCUUGAAUGAUAUCUACAAGCUAAGCCAUUCCUGGGUCAUGUUCAGAGGUCCACGACUGGCAUCCCAGUAUGAAGCACGAGCCAAGUACAAGGGCAUGUGCCAGGAGAUUUUCGGCUCUGGGCCCGUGGAUGUUGAGGACUCCUCCGAGGAGGAGUUUGAUCGUGGGACCUUUGCAGAUGCUCUUCAGCAACGGAAUUUCCUGAGUCCUCUGAUUCAGGUUUCUCGUCCAGAGAUCAUGCUGAACAACAUGUCCGGCUCCGGAGAAUCCGCCGCGGGAAGUGGAGCCGGUGCGGGCUGGGGCAAAGGCGGCUUCGAAGGCGAUGCCGAUGCCGAAGAACUUCGCCGGCAGAACGCCGCCGAAUACGGCUCCUCGCUCUUGGAGGUUUGCCGCAAUGAAGGCAUUGUGGCACGAGAGCUCUACAAGCCGAUCACGAAGAAGAACAAACUGGAGCAGUGGUACGACUUCGUGACACAGGCUGAGUUGGACAUGGAAAACAUCAAGACCGAGGAGGAGAUGAGCGAGCGAGUGCGGUACAUCCGAGGCUUCGACAAGUUCGGCUCCGAGUGGCGGCUCCGGUAUGCCCCCCCCCCCGCAGUGUGCUGCAAAAGCAUUGCGAGUGCGAUAAGCUAG